AUGCGCCGCCGCCAUGUCCCCGUCGGCAGACGCAUCUUGGAGCAGAACAUCAAGGCUCGGUACCACGCCAGAGACAUUGGCACCGAGGAUGCACUCCACCUGUUUGACGAAUUGCUCCCGUAUGCUGGGCGCUCCUCCAUCCAUGCCAUCAACUGCCUCCUCACCGUUGUCGGCCGUGAUUGCCCUGCGCUCGGCGCCUCCCUCUUCAACCGCGUCGCAAGGUCCAAGGUGGCACCCAGCAGUAUCACCUAUGCCAUUCUGGUCGACUGCUGCUGCCGCGCUGGCCGCCAGGACCUUGGACACACUGCCAUGGGACAGGUCAUCAAGAUGGGGUUUCUUGCAGAUGCUAUGAUCACUUUCAGCCACCUACUCAAGGCCAUCUGUGCGGAGAACAAGACCAGCUAUGCAAUGGACAUCCUACUCCGAAUAAUGCCCAUGUUUAACUGCGUACCGGAUGUCAUCUCCUACAACAUUCUUUUCAAGGGUGACUGCAACGAGAAGAGAAGCCAAGAGGCUCUCGAGCUGAUUCAGGUGAUGGUUGAGCAUGGAGGUGGCUGCCAACCUACUGUGGUGUCCUAUAGCACCGUAAUUGAUGGCUUGUUGAAAGAGGGUGAGGUGAACAAGGCUUACAGCCUAUUUUGUCAAAUGUUACAAAGGGGAAUUUCACCGGAUGUUGUGACCUGUAGUUCAAUUAUUUCUGGCAUGUGCAAGCUUCAUGCGAUGGACAAGGCUGAGGAGGUUCUUCAACAGAUGCUUGAUUGA